AACGACAAAUGGUGUUUUCGGAGUUGCGCCAUCUGGUCACUCUAGCCGAGCGUUUUUUACUUGAGAAUUGUCAAUUUGGAGUGUCGAUUUAUAUCCCCAAUUGGAGCAUCUGUGAAAAUAGUUGCAGCACAUUUAAGGCAUCACCCUAAGGAAAGCAAACCAAACGAGCCAAAAAUGCCCAGCAUCAAGUUGCAGUCGUCGGAUGAGGAGAUCUUCGAUACGGACAUCCAGAUCGCCAAGUGCUCUGGCACCAUCAAGACGAUGCUGGAGGACUGCGGCAUGGAGGACGAUGAGAAUGCCAUUGUGCCGCUGCCCAAUGUGAACUCGACGAUCCUUCGCAAGGUGCUUACCUGGGCCCACUAUCACAAGGACGAUCCCCAGCCAUCGGAGGACGAUGAGAGCAAGGAGAAGCGCACGGACGACAUUAUCUCGUGGGAUGCGGACUUCCUGAAAGUGGAUCAGGGCACCUUGUUCGAGCUCAUCCUGGCCGCCAACUAUCUGGACAUCAAAGGCCUCCUGGAGCUCACCUGCAAGACGGUGGCAAACAUGAUCAAGGGCAAGACUCCCGAGGAGAUCCGCAAGACCUUCAACAUAAAGAAGGACUUCACGCCCGCCGAGGAGGAGCAGGUGCGCAAGGAGAACGAGUGGUGCGAGGAGAAGUAAGGCGCGGCCUUUCACGGGACCAACAUUAAGUUGAAACGGCUGGCGGAUGCGGGAAAGGAGAUGACUUGCCGCAUUCGAGCUUUACUUAGUUGCUACAUUCAUUUACAUUUUUUUUAUUCUUAACCUUAGCAGAGCCUCAUUUGAAAAUGUGUAUAAAUGAUCUGCUGCUGAUGUGAUUCGCGGGGUUAAUCUCUUGUCGUACAUAUAUCUCAUACAUGUAUAUGCGAGAAUGUAAAACUCUAUUUAACCUAUAUGCGUAACAUUUGAUUUCACCUUAAUAAAUAUAACUACCCAAACACAA